AAAGAAUACACCAGUGUGUUUUCAGGGUGGGGUAGCAGUGAGUAAUUAUCAUCCGAAGCACAUGCAGGAGUUUUCUUCCUUACUCUCUCUGGAAAGAUUCCUGCUUGGAUUCCCCAGGUUAAUUCAGAUGUUGUUGGGGGUUUGAGUGCUGCUCAUCUGGGUCAAGGAGGGGUUGUCAUUCAGAGGCUGGCAAAGUUUUUAAAGCUACUCAUUACCAUUGUUGUACCAGAGUGUUUUUCAUUAGUGCUCUUCACAAUGUUCAGUUUUGCUGUUUUUUUGGUUGAAAACAUCCUUGCUGCCUGAGAAGGUAGGGAGCAGUGAGUGUGCCAAAGCCAGUCUGCCUUGGAGGCAAUAUGGGUGGAAAAUCAACCUUGGGACCUGCUCCAGAGGUCUCUGAGACUGCUCCAAGGAGAGCAAUUAUCAGACAUUGCUAAUUGAUUAUGAACUAUCAGCCAUUGCCAGUGGCUCUGGCAGCAGCACACGCUGGAGGAGGUGAAUUGUCACCAACCUUCACCAUGCUCCUUCCUGCAGGAACCUUUGGGAUUUGAGGAGAUGUGGCCCAUGGGCUGCAAAACCAAAACACGUCUUGGACGUUACCUUUGUCACAGGUACUGAAGGAAAAUGGGCGAAGUCAGGCAGCUGAUGUUGUCAUUGGAAAGGGGGUAGGAGAGGGAGCUGGGCUGCUGCUCAGCGUGAUGGCUGUCCCUAGAAACAGACCCUUGAAAUAGUCCUUCAAGCAGCAGAAAGAGAAUAGGAUGAUGGUCAUGACUCAGGUAGAGGAGGGGGAAGCAGAGGUGAAAUGAUUUGCUAUAAAGCUGUUUGUUAAAAACAGUGCAUACACCUUGCUCAACACUUACUGUGCCUACCAAAGCAGGAUGAGAAGAUAUGAGACUAUUGAUAAAGGGAAGGAAUCUUGACCAAAGAUCCUGUUUUUAAACCUAAAACUGAGUCAAACCAGCCUCGAAGUUUGGACCUGGGCCAGGGACAUAAAAAGCAUGCACAGGGAAGAGAGGUGAAAAGUUCAGAAUGAAGGAGACUCUUACUUCAUUCCAGAGACCCCUGCCCACGACCACCAGACGACACUGCACAAGCGCAACGCAGCUGUCAAUGACUUUUGGGCUCGUUGUAAUACGAGGCGAGGCUGGGCGGGGCUGGGUAAUGAAUAUGUAUAGGCAUUUUGGGAAACUUAAUGAAUAUGGAACUUGUAACCCGAUAUAUACCAGGCUGAGUGCAGCUGUCGGCGCACAUGACUUUGGAGGAGCGAUCCCCCGUGCGUCCCAGCACUGGAGUAAACAUACCGACUUUACAACUUAUUCCAGUAGUGGAGUCUUUUCUGCGUAUCAUUUUGGCAGGCAAUGCGGAUAUAUCAGGAGGAAAUUGUUCCAAGCCCAUCUAUCUGCUGGUGUACAGGGGAGAAGGAGAUGGCACCAUUGUGUAUGGCAUUCUCAUAAACAAGUGAGGAAGAUGUGGCCUUGAUGAGACAGAUAUUGGGUGAGUGAAAAACUGGUUGCACAGUUAGAAAAUCUGUCAGAAGUUCAUUGCCAGAAAGGGAGGUAAUGGCAAAUAUGAACCUGAGCCUGUUGCUUGUGUUUCUGUUCAUGGCUUGGAGGAGGGACGAGGCUGUGUUAUUUGAUGUGCAGCUGGGAGGGACUUGAGCACAACAGAGGCCAGCACUAUAAUUCAAAGGCACAAGAGAAGUAGUCUGGAAAAAGCCCAAGGUUUGUAUUCCAGGGGUCAUGCUGGUGAGUGAAGGCAGCGGGUGCAAGGUCUCAGUGGGGCCAGGGAAGCUGUCCCAGCUGUGCUGAGAGCCAGGAAAAUCAGGGGGGUAGGAGGGUUUUGCCCUUGACUGCUGCACUUCAGCAUCAAUGGGGUUUGGCUGGAGACAGUCCAAAGGGAGCUGUAAAAAUGACAAGAGGGGGCUGGGAUGUAACCUCUUCAGGAAAGCCAGAGCGGAUGGUAAGAGACACUGAGGAAAUGUGGUGCGUCCUUAAACAUGGGGCCCGUGAGGAGGAAGAGGGUUCCUCUUUCUCCUUGCCAAUUAGGACAAGCUGUGUUGAAGUUAAACUGCAGUUUAAGAGAGGAUAAAGACAUCUUUGUGCACUUUUCAAGGUACAGUCUGACACUUCCCUGGUGACACGCUUUGCCUUCCAUGCUCCUGAUUCCCUGUAAGCCUGGUUUAGCACAGCAUCUAUUCCAGUAACUCACGUGGCUUUGGUGAAUUAACUACUUAACCCAUGGGAAUUGUACCAUUAUCUUCAGAAGAACUAGAAAAAUAAAGUGCAUUUAUAAGGUUUUUAUUGUUUUCACCCCACCAUCAACAUUCCCUUUAAGAACAUCAAAAGAUUAAAAAAACAGAUAGAGACAUCUGCCAGCGUCUCUUGAGAUGAGUAUUGCACUUUCUUCUAAUCCAGGCCCAGCCUUUGGAGCCUCUCCAUGCCUUCACAAAACAGAGGAUUUCUUCUUGUAUUUAAGAACCAUCUAAAGACCCUUUUACUGUGUUUUAACAGAGACCUUUGUCAGCAGAGUUAAAAAAUGCUGGCACUUGCUCUGCCCAGAUUAAAGAUGAUGUAUUACCCUCUGCUGCUUGGACCCCAUUUACAGCUUCUGUUACAAGAUUACGUAAGGCUCCAAGGCAGUGGCAGGGCUGGCGAUAAGGAACAAAGUCCGGGCACAGGCUGGAUUUUCCCCUCCAGCACUUUUCAUUCCUUCUCUAGACCUGAGAGAAGAGCUGCAGGGAGCAGCCUGUCCCCUCCUGCAGCCUCCGGACCCCCAGCAUGGCAUCACCCAUGAGGAGUUUGCUCGCUGAUCCUGACAGAUACCUCCAGUCAUUCCGCCUCUUCCUGGAGAGGUCGACCGAGCACCAGUGCAUGCAGGAGUUCGUGGAGAGGCAGCUGCCGGGCGUGAUAGCGAGUAUUGGAAAUGGGAAGUCUACUAUCAAUGUUCUAAGCGUUGGUGGUGGAGCAGGUGAGAUGGAUUUGCAGAUCCUCUCAAAAAUACGAGCCAGAUAUCCUGAGGCCACCAUCAACAAUGAAGUAAUAGAGCCCAGUGCUGACCAAAUCUCCAAGUACAAAGAGCAUGUGGCUCAGGCAUCAAACCUCGAGAACAUAAAGUUUACCUGGCACAAGGAGACAGCUUAUGAAUAUGAAAGUCGAGUGAAUGCAGAAAAGAAGACUAAAAAGUGGGACUUCAUUCACAUGAUCCAGAUGCUCUAUUAUGUGAGAGAUAUCCCAGCAACUAUCCGGUACUUCCACAGCCUCCUGGAAUCGCAGGCAAAGCUCCUCAUUAUCCUGGUGUCAGGAAAGAGUGGCUGGGAAACACUGUGGAAGAAGUAUGGGUCUUCCUUCCCUCUGGAAGAUCUUUGCUCUUAUGUUUCCUCUGCUGAUUUGCCAAGGAUGCUGGAUUCAGCUGGGCUGAAGUACCAGCUCUACGAGCUCCCAUCCCGCAUGGACAUAACGAGCUGCUUUAUUGAAGGGGACAAAGAUGGGGAGCUGUUGCUGGACUUCCUGACAGAAACACUUGACUUUGCUAAAACUGCCCCCCCUGAACUAAAGCAUCAGCUAAUGGAAGACUUGAGAAAGCCUGGAUGCAGUGAAAACAAAGAUGGGAAGGUGUUUUUCAGUAACAACCUGGGCGUAAUAGUGAUUGACCCAUGAGUUAACCUCUUCUUCCUGAUCCAAGGCAAAAAGUCAGAUACAAACUGUUAACAGCUGAAAUGUAUUUUUUCAUCUUUUAUAAAUGGCUUAAUUUACUUCAACACCGAUAAUAAUUUUUGGAGUUUGUUAAGAAAUCAGUAUUAACAUCUGUUGUUAUGAGUGAGCUUUAAUACCUGAUUAAUUCUACACUAAUCUAUGAAUGUGUAACUCACUAGGCAGUAAAUUGUGCUUUAUUGUACAGAUGUUGUGUAAUCAGCUAUAACUCAGGCCAUCCACUCAGGCACUGCAGAAACCAAACCAUUUCCUAAGGAAUAAUCCAGAACUACAUGUGGUACCACCAUCUUCAAUUAAAAACUCUCUACAGACCAAAUAAGCAAGUGCAAUUUCUUGGUGCAGCUGGCAGGAGUGCAGGCUCAGAAUGACCAAACAUUGGGUGGAUCUUUGAUGGGAUUUCUUGAGCUUGUGACUUCAAGAUCUCAUACCUGCAGCUGCUGUGAAAGUGGCCUCACACCUGUAUGUUCAAUGGUUGUCUGCUCCUGCCUCUGCAGGCAUCUCCAUCUAAUGGCACUGCUUCCCCUUUCCUGUAGUUUUACUUUGUGAUGAUGUAUCCACCGAGCAAUUUGUGUGCCAGGUCCGUAGUGGCUCUACAAGAGGGAAGCAAGGGAACAUGGUUGAGGCACAGGGUUGGUAACAAGCGCCCUGGCGAGGUGGAUUUCAGUGGUGAGCCCUGAUGCAGAUUUUUUGCUAAGAAUCAGCUGCUGCAGUCACGCAGAGCUUUUUUUGUAUUUUUAAUUAACCAUAUAAAGCUUCUGCUCCCAGCCUUCCCCUGGCCUGGCAGGCAGGGCCAUAGGUGGCCUGUGAGCUUUGUAAUAAGGAAAAUGUAAAAAUAAACUCUGAUACCAAAA